UGUCUGCGAAAUUUCCGAAAACGCACCCUCUCAUGCUCUCAGAAGAACGUGACGCUUGGGCCCCGAAAGUCGCAGGACGUUGUCCGGGUGUGUGUGUGUGCGCGCGCGGACACUUACUUUUUUUUAAUUUUUUUCCAUCCUCGACGAGUGAGCGAACCUGCUGGUGCAUCUGCUUGUCGGUGGACAGAAAGCGGGAUAUGAGCUACACCGAACCGCUGUGGGAGAUCAAUGGAAAUCAAGCACCAAUACCGGCUUUUGGAUUUUUGCGUGCUUCGUGUUGCCUGGACCAACCGAUUCUCUCAGAUGAAAUCUAUUCGCGACAGGUAAUCGCGGCGGAAAUGUCGCAGUACGUCGGUGGUGAUAUCUCCAGCUACCCGAUGUGGGAUAGUUCCGUAUUGUAUCAAGCACAGCCGCCUACCCAUCCGCACGUGAACGAGCACGGAUUGUACAGGCAACCCUGUGCCCUGUUGCAUCAGAGUCGUUAUACGUCAAACGGCCGUUCGCCGAAUCUGCCGUCGUCAACGACGAAGAAACCGAGGCGUCGAGUGGCGACGGUCUCCCAGAGGAGAGCCGCGAAUAUCCGGGAGAGGCGCAGAAUGUUCAAUCUGAACGAGGCCUUCGAUAAGCUUCGCAGGAAAGUACCGACGUUCGCUUACGAGAAACGGCUCUCGAGAAUCGAAACGCUGCGCUUGGCCAUCACGUACAUCGCUUUCAUGGGCGAGCUAUUAGGUAUCGAGCCAAGUAGUCCGAAACCAGAAUAUAUACCACGAGAAUAUUACUUGCCGAACUGAAUGUCUUCCUUUUGCCUGCCAAAGAGGUGCUGAUGCGGAUUGAUGCGAGAUUCAUAAAUGUUCGAACUACUAAUCGGCGAAACAUGGUCUUCCAUUAUUGAUUAGUAUUAUAGUGUUAAAUCAAGAGAUGCACAAAAUUUAACAUA